AGUUUUUUAGCGUUUGAGUGUUUCUUCUUCAAUUUCCCUUUCAAGACAAACCCCAAACCACAAGCGACUCAUCGGAGAUCCUCAACGAUCGGAAUUUAAAGGCAAGGAGAGAUGUGGGUAUUUUACCUGAUCUCGUUGCCUUUAACCCUAGGCAUGGUUGUUUUCACCUUGAGGUACUUCGCCGGCCCCGAUGUCCCUCGUUACGUCCUCUUCACCGUGGGAUAUACUUGGUUCUGUUCCCUCUCCAUCAUCAUUCUGGUGCCCGCCGAUAUUUGGACGACGAUAUCGAAGCCGGAAAAUGCUAAUGAAAAUGGAGGAAUUUCGUUCUUUUGGAGCUGGUCUUAUUGGGGUACCUUUCUUCUUACCUGGGCUGUGGUGCCCCUUAUUCAGGGUUUUGAAGAUGCUGGAGACUUCUCUAUGACUGAAAGAUUGAAGACUAGUGUGCAUGUCAACUUAGUUUUCUAUUCAGUCGUGGGUUCUAUUGGCCUUGUGGGACUUAUUCUCCUCAUCACAAUGAACAGGAACUGGAGUGGUGGUAUCCUUGGUUUAGCUAUGGCCUUGUCCAAUACGUUUGGGCUAGUUACGGGAGCAUUUCUUCUUGGCUUUGGCUUGAGUGAAAUUCCGAAGACCCUUUGGAGAAAUGCAGAUUGGACAACCCGCCAAAAAGUUCUCACACAUAAAAUUGCCAAAAUGGCUGUGAAGCUUGAUGAAGCUCAUCAGGAGCUUUCAAAUGCUAUUGUGGUUGCCCAAGCAACAUCCAACCAGAUGUCCAAGCGUGAUCCUUUGAGGCCAUACAUGGAUGUCGUUGAUAAUAUGUUGGCUCAAAUGUUUAGGGAAGACCCUUCUUUUAAGCCACAAGGUGGUCGGUUGGGAGAAAAUGAUAUGGACUAUGAUUCAGAUGAGAAAUCAAUGGCAACGCUCAGACGUCAUCUUAGGCUAGCUCGUGAAGAAUAUUAUCGCUACAAAAGUGAGUAUAUGACUUAUGUCUCAGAGGCACUUCAGCUUGAAGAUACAAUAAAAAAUUACGAGCGUCGUAGUUCAACCGGAUGGAAAUAUGUAUCAAGUUUCAGACCUGGUCGCUCUGGGAAGAUAGGAACCCUCUUAGAUACAAUAGAAUUUAUUUGGCGAUGCAUCUUAUGGAAACAACUAAAGAAGGUCUUGGCUGUUAUACUUGGCAUCAUUUCCUCAGCAAUUCUUUUAGCUGAGGCUACACUUUUACCUAGAGGAGUUGACCUCUCUCUUUUCUCUAUCCUUAUAAAUUCCGUAAAGAAGGAUGAGGUGCUUGUACAGGCCUUUGCUUUUGUACCUUUGAUGUAUAUGUGCAUCUGCACAUACUAUUCCUUGUUCAAGGUUGGAAUGUUAAUGUUUUACUCAUUAACACCACGGCAAACUAGCUCAGUCAGCUUGCUCAUGAUAUGCUCGAUGGUUGCUCGAUAUGCUCCCCCAAUUUCUUACAACUUUCUCAAUCUCAUUAGCCUUCAUGGUAAAAAGACCAUAUUUGAAAUGCGAAUGGGGAACAUUGAUGAUGCUGUACCUUUCUUUGGAGAAGGGUUCAACAAUAUUUAUCCAAUUAUUAUGGUUUUUUACACCUUGUUAGUUGCUGGCAAUUUCUUUAAUCGCGUAGUUGGUUUCUUCGGGAGCUGGAAGAGACUGAGAUUUCAAACUGAGGCAGAUGAUGUGGAUGGGUUCGAUCCCUCGGGAUUAAUUAUCCUGCAAAAGGAGCGAUCUUGGCUUGAGCAAGGAUGCCAGGUUGGCGAACAAGUAAUUCCAUUGGCGAGAAAUUUUAAUGGCGGCGAUAUCGAGCAUGGCAACAAUAGUACAGAUAGGACUGUUGGAGAAAUGAAGGCAGCUACCACUUCGGCCGCCGGUGGUGUGAAGGAUUCUCCCUCAAGGCCUAUGAAAGAAGAGACCCGUAAAUAUGCCUCAAGCAGAGAAGCCAUCAGCAGCAAGUACGCAGCCAUGAGAGAACUGGGUCGACAAAUGUCGAAUCCGAAACCAACGGAGAGUAACAUAACCUCUGCUAAGGUCUCACUGCUUGAAGCAAGCGACUCAAAUUCCGGUAGCCAAAAGGGAUUGGCCUCAACAUGGAGGUCAAUGAAAUCCGGAUUUCAAAGUUUUAAAGCAAAUAUAGAGGCCAGAAAGUUUCUCAAUACACGCCAGAAUCAGGAAGCCAAACUCAUUCCCUCUGUCGGCUCAUCCGAGUCCCUAGAUGAGAUAUUCCAGCGAUUGAAACGACAGUCUGUAGGCGACAGCGAUGAGAACGAGAACUGAUACAGAAGCCAAGAUCAAGGGUUCCACAGGAAAAAAAAUGUACUUGGUGUUGUGUAAACUGUGAUACGGAAUGUACAGAUCAAAUGGCCCAUUGAAUUUUCACAAUAGGGGGAGGGGGAAAUAAUUUCCCAUAUGAUUUCUAGCUAAUUUUGUCAUUUGAAUUGAACAUGUAGACUGAUCUUUUCACGUGAUAUAAUAGUACAAUUCUAGAUGGGGUGUA